GCCGCCAUUUCAAAACCCUCCUCACCCACAAGUCUGUAGUGUAAUGUAACCUGUAUUUUGUUUUGUUUUGUUUCUACAAAGGGAAAGCAAAAAAGCGAAAACAAAAAGGGCGGACUGACUGAGUCAGUUGCUUAAAUUCUCAGAAACCCUAAUGGCUACACUGUAAAUGGACGAACCCAAUGAGCGAACGAGUUUUACCUAAGACGAUGUCUUUCGUAUGGAUAGCAUGGAAAUUUGGUAUAUUCUUGACAUAGGUCAUUCUUGGAUGAUUCAGAAUUUUUUCCUCCGACACCACUAGCUUUUAAAAUGAAACCAAAAACAACUGCUGUUCCUAGAGUUCAGAGAUCCAAACCUUUUCAGGGCGAGGGACCUAAUUGGGUUCUUAUUGCUGGUGGUGCCUUGUUAAGUACGCUGUCAAUUCGUCUUGGUUACAAGCUGAAGCAAGCACUUGACACAAAGCCCCAAGAGAAUGCUAGUAAUGGAAGUGGAAAAUCCUCUGACCGAAGGAAGUCUGCAGGUUGCUGUGUGCACUCAAAUGUUUAUUCCUUUACACAACAAAAUGAUGGCGGUUGCUUUAAUUGCAUGUCAGGAACUGAGGGCAUGAUGGAGAUGAAGUGCCUGCACAAUGACCAGAUGCUGGCUGAAUCUGAUGGAGCCCUGCCUUUAGUCACGGUUCCAGCCCCUGAAUUUAACAGGGAGAAUGGCAUUGUCUGGGCAUCUUCUCCUGAUCGCCUUGAGUUACGUCCAAAGCCAUUCCUCCACUAUUCAAACUGCUCAGAUUCUCCAUGUGUUUCAGAAUCUGGGUCCGACAUCUUCAGUAAGCGGGAAGUAAUACAAAAACUGAGGCAACAACUGAAGAGAAGAGAUGACAUGAUAUUAGAGAUGCAGGAUCAGAUUGUAGAGCUGCAGAGUUCACUGAAUGCGCAGCUGGCACAUUCAACCAAUCUACAGUCACAACUUGAUUCAGCAAAUGGGGACUUUUUUGAUUCUGAGAGAGAAAUCCAAAGGCUUAGGAAGGCAAUUGCUGAUCACUGUGUGGGACAUGCGAGCCCCAAUGACAGAUCAUCCCAUGUCACUAUUUGGCAACCUGAAGAAAGAAAUGGUUAUGUGAAUGGAUUUCCUGAUGGAGAAAGCAACUUCGAUGCAACCGAAAGAGGAAGAGGGGAUGAAGAGAGGGUUGAGAUGCUCAAUAGGGAAGUAGGAGAAUUAAAGGAGGUAAUGGAAGGAAAGGAAUACUUGCUACAGAGCUACAAGGAGCAAAAAGCAGAGCUCUCGUUGAAAAUCAAAGAGUUGCAGCAGAGACUGAAUUCUCAACUUCCCAAUAUUUUGUAGGAAAUUUUUCGUUUUUUGUGUAUUCUUUUGCUUGUUUUGUGAUACGAGGUUUCCUACUCCUAAGCAUCAUUUUCCGCCCUCUCCUUGCCAUACCUAGUUUAGCUUAAUUUUUUUAUGACUGUCUUUGUGCAUGUACGCGGGAUGAAUGAGAUUUUGGUGUCUGGAGUGGCAAAAGGUUGGCUAGUGGUGGGAGGGUAAAGAGAUGCCUUUCCCGUAAA